AAAACAAAGCGGGUCUGGUUUUUAGAAGAGAAAACCCGGGUUCACUCUUCUCGAUCGGCAUCUGCGCUCCGCUCUCAGAGCUCGAGCUGAAUUCCUCUUUCUCUUUGUAUUGACAUUAAAUUAUCAUCUUUGUAUCUAAUUUUGCGUUUCGUCACUCGAUUAGGGCUUUCCAUUUCGUCUAAUUUCUGUUGAAGAAUUAUCGCCUGCGUUUGGUCAAAUGGUUUUAUGUCGAUUUAGUUCUUAAAGUUGAAAUCUUUGGUAGUUUUUCCCCCCAUGUGUUUGAAAGAGGGAUGCCAGUUAUUACUGAAGGCCCGAAAACCUCCUUUGCAAAUGACCCUCAACUUGAAUUUGAUCUCUGAUCGCCCUCAAAUACAAGAACAAAAUUGCAACAGCCCUCUUUUGAGAGAGGGUGAUGUUUGGAAUAGAUUAAAGCAUGAGAAGAGCAUUCCCAUUGCUUUGCAAUAUUUUAAAUCCGUAGCAGAUUCAAAAGGGUUUAAGCACACUCGACUCACUUACGGCACCUUGAUCGAAAAGCUCACUAAGGCUAAUGAGAUGGAUAUCGUUCAGUACCUAAUGCAGCAGAUGAAGCUAGAAGGAAUACCUUGUUCAGAAUACGUAAUUAUCGAUGUCAUAAAAUCUUAUGCUCGGUCUGGAUCGACUGAACAAGCCCUUAAAACAUUCUAUCGGAUUCAGGAUCUGGGUUGUCAGCCUACAGUGAAGAUUUACAAUCAUCUUUUGGAUGCAUUGCUUAAGGAGAGUAGGUUUAAUAUGAUCACUCCGGUCUAUAGUAAUAUGAAGAAAGAUGGGAUAGAGCCCAAUGUGUUCACUUACAAUAUACUUAUUAAAGCUCUGUGCCAAAAUGAUCGGAUUGAUGCUGCUUAUAAACUUCUAAUGGAGAUGGGAAAUAAGGGCCAUAGUCCGGAUUCGGUUAGCUACAGCACAAUAGUUUCUAGUCUUUGUCGGGCUGGGAUGCUGAAGGAAGCUAAUGAGCUGGUGAUGAAAAUUCAGCCUACUGUUGCGACAUAUAAUGCUCUGAUAAAUGGCUUAUUUGGGGAAUUGAGAAUGAAAGAGGUGUUCUCUUUAGUGGAUGAAAUGGUGGAUAAGGGAAUAAGCCCCAAUGUGAUUACCUACACAACCAUAAUUAACGUUUUAUGCAAAAUGGGGCAUGUAAAGCUCUCUCUCGCUGUUUUGAGCCAAAUGCUUUUAAGAGGUUGCAGUCCUAAUAUUUUUACAUUUUCUUCAUUGAUGAAAGGGUUCUUUGAGGAGAGUAGAGUACAUGAAGCUCUUGAUGUUUGGGGUCAAAUGAUUCAAGAAGGUUGCAUGCCUAAUCUCAUUGCUUAUAAUAUUCUUAUCCACGGUCUUUGCUCUAACAGGAAUCUGACUAAGGCCCUAGUUGCCUUUGAUGAAAUGGAAGCAAACAAUUGUCGUCCUAAUGUUAAAACCUACAGUGCUCUCAUCAAUGGCUUCUCGAAAGUACGAGACUACAAAGGCGCGACGUCAAUGUGGAACAGGAUGAUGAGCGAAGGCUGUAAGCCCAAUGUUGUUGUAUAUACUUCCAUGGUGGAUGUUUUUUGCAGGAGUUCCAUGUUUGAUCAUGCUCAGAGUCUUAUAAAUAAUAUGUUGUCAGAAAAAUGCACGCCAAACACAAUAACAUUCAACACAUUAAUCAAAGGGCUUUGUGAUGCUGGAAAGGUUGGCUGGGCAAUGAACACAUUACAUAAGAUGAGAAACCACGGAUGCCCACCCAACACUAGAACAUACAAUCAACUGCUUGAUGGUCUCUCCAGAGAAGGAAACUUUGAAGAAGCCUUCCAAUUAUUGAAUGAGAUGUUAGGAGCUGGGGUUGAGUUGACUACAGUGACUUACAACACCAUAAUACAUGGCUUUUGUCAGGUUGCUGGCGUUGAUGAAGCUUUACUCAUUGUGAGUAAGAUGAUACUUAAGGGAAUUCAGCCUGAUGCAAUCACUUUUAACCUAAUUGUUCAUGCUUAUUGCAAGGCAAAAAAAGUCAGAAAUGCUGCACAAAUUUUAGGCAGUAUGGCUAAUGAAAUUGGUUACCGGGAUGUUUUCACAUAUACUACUCUUAUCUCUGGUCUCUCUGAUCAGCAUAGGUUGGAGGAUGCUAUGGUGUAUCUUCUAAAGAUGUUGAAUGAAAGUAUUGUCCCAAAUGUUGCCACGUGGAAUGCUCUGGUGCACGGUGUUUUCAGGAAUACGAGUUGUUCUGUGGCAGUUCAGUCACUAGACGAUAUACUGGACGAUGGAGAGAAACAGAUAUAUUCUGAUGGCAGUUUUUUUAUGAAAGAACAACAAAGAAUCUUUGGAAUUUAGAAUCAAUGUGCAGAUAGCCAGAUACUUCUCUUUUAGCAGAAUACUAAUUUUAAAUCCAUGUGAUAUGUAUUUCUGAUCCAAGUUCCUUCUGGUGGAUCUCUUUGAUAAUGAUUGUUACAAACCGAUGUUGCAGAUUAUUAGCUUGGUCAACAAGGGUAUGUGUAUUCUUAAUGCGCGCAUCUUAAUGUGGACAUCAUCUCAAGGAAAAUGAAUUCUACCGAGGAGGGCAGAAAUUAUAAGCUGGCUAUCCUGAUUCGAACAUUAGUCUCCCUCCUCUAGUCUAAUAUGACGUGGAAUUCGAGGGGAAGAAAACAGCUUUGGGGACAUUAUCAAAAUACAACCACUGUAGAGAGGGUGUUGGAUCAUAGGAACCCCACUUGCGGCCAAAUCCAACUAUAGAAUUUGGUGUGAAUUCCUUUUGCCUAAAUCACAGUUGAUCCUAGCCUGCAGUACUCGAGUGACAGUCCAGAUAAAAUGAUGAGAAGAGUGACUAUGAUGAGUAGCAAGGGAGGAAGGGAGGCGCAUGAAAGCUCCUUUCAAUUUUUGCUGCCCAUGAUUAUAUAAUUCUUUUGUGGGAUUGUAAACUGAGACGAUUUACAGGAACGUCUCAUUUUUUGAUGCUCAUGAGAUGGAUUGCAGCUGAGUUUAUGCUUCCCUGUUAUGUUCAAAGUAACUGCAAUUGUUGUAUAUCAGGAAAGUGUCAAACUUGGCGAUAGUUGUCAACCUAUGAGAUACAAGGCACUGUGGAAUAUUUCUCUGUCUGGACAGAUGCACUAGGCUAAUGAUUUGAUGGAAUGCCUUCAUGCUAUGCUAACAAAAACAGAUUGAUUGCUUUU